AUUACAUAUCUUACCGAGGUUCACUCCGAUAAUAAAAAAAGACGCAAGCACUGUAUCAAGACUCAAGAGUCAAGGCCACUGAAACAAAAAGCUCCUUUCAGAUUACGCUUACACUCUCUUUCUCAAACUUCAACGAAUCAUCUGAAAUGGGGUCAGAUCCGAAGAUUCACAAUUUUGAGGACGUGGCCAUCCACAACAAAACCAAGGAUUGUUGGCUUAUUAUUGCUGGAAAGGUGUAUGAUGUCACUCCAUUCAUGGAUGAUCACCCGGGAGGUGAUGAAGUCCUGCUAGCAGCAACUGGGAAAGAUGCAACAGAUGAUUUUGAAGACACUGGUCACAGUGAUAAUGCUAGAGAGAUGAUGGUGAAGUACUAUAUUGGUGAUAUAGACUCCUCAACUGUUCCACAGAAACGUGCUUAUGUUGCACCACAGCAACCUAACUACAAUCCAGACAAGACUUCGGAAUUUGUGAUUAAGAUUUUACAAUUUCUCAUCCCCAUCUUGAUCUUGGGCUUGGCAUUUGCAGUACGACAAUACACCAAAGAGAAAUAGGCAUCAGGAAGCAAUGUCCAGGAUCAGAUGGUUGCACUUGGCAACCAAUUGUUUAAUUAGAACAGUUUCUUUUUUUGUUUUUGUUCUGUAAUUUGAACGUGAGUUUGUAAUUUGGUCCUGUUAUCUUCUUGAAUGUCUCAUUGUAUCAUCAUCGACUAAGUUGUGUUAUGUUUAUGAUAAUUAGGAGUAUAUGGCCUUUUCGGUGGACUCAUUUGCCCUCGGAAUAUUAUGUUGCAACCUUUUUUUCA